ACUCACGUCACAGAGGAAGAUGAAGGGCCUCUACCAGGCUGCUGGCCGGACCCUGCUUACUCUCGGGAGCCUCAGUGUCUUCUCGGGAGUCAUGGCCUUCUUCCCCGUCUUUUCCUGCAAGCUUUGGUACACAGGAUGGAGCGUUUGGAUCGCCUGUCCCAUCUGGAACGGGGCUUUGGCCAUCACAGCUGGGGCACUUGUACUGCUUGCUCACAGAAAGUGGACCCAGAGACACUUGUGGGAAGCUGGCUUCACCUUUGUAAUUCUGAGCAUUCUGGGAUGUCCACUUCAUUUUGCAAUAGCCUUGGAAUCUGCCCUCCUUGGUCCAUAUUGCUUCUACUCCUUCUCAGGGGCUGCGGGGACCGGCUACGUUGGCUACGCAGUCGCCUUUCCUUUCCCGUACACGAAGUUUCCGUCAGUCUGUGUGGACCCCCUCCACUAUGAAGAAUACCACCUGGCACUUCAAGCCCUGGACCUGGGCCUGAGCUUCACCCUCUUCUGUGUGUCCCUCGGCCUGUUCAUCAAGCUUUCUACAAGAUUGUUGCGGAACGGACACAUACAUGUGAGUUCCAACAAAGGGAGACUGGGCCUCGCUCAGUCCUGAACGGUGAAGGACUGUGUGGGAUCCCUGCCUGGUCUCCCUCUAUCUGUUGCCAUGGUAUCCAGGGUCCAGCUUAUAACUGGUUUAUUCUCCAAUAGUGGGCACCACUUGACAGUUUCUUUUUCAACCUAGAACUUUAAAGCUGUGCAUAGGAAUAAGACAAUGGUUCAUAAAUACUCUCACCUCUUGGUAUUAUCUCCUUUUAGGUUUUUUUUUUUUAAUUUUUAAAUUAACUGACAAUUUCAUACAUGUAUAUAUUAGAUCAUGUUUACCUUACAUUUCUUUCUCUUGCCUCCCUUUUCUCUUCCACUGAGCCCCUUCUCCAUUAAUUUCCCUUCUACUUUCAUGUCUUUGUGUGUGUGCAUGUGUGUGCGAGUGUGUAUGAUGUGUGUAUAUGUGCACAUGUGCAUACG